UCAAUGAGCGUUUCGAUGUCACUGGUACAGGGUGGUGCUGCCGGUGGUGCGCCACAGGGCGCCAGCGCAAUCUUGGCCGCAGCGGCUCCCUACUAUCAACCGCCGGCUGUUCCACAGGAUGUUCAGCCGGAUCGUCCCAUCGGCUAUGGAGCAUUCGGAGUUGUCUGGGCUGUCACAGAUCCUCGGGAUGGAAGACGCGUGGCCUUGAAGAAGCUGCCCAAUGUGUUCCAAUCGUUGGUCUCAUCGAAACGCGUUUUCCGUGAGCUGAAAAUGCUCUGCUUCUUCAAGCAUGAGAAUGUUCUUUCGGCUCUGGACAUUCUACAGCCGCCACAUUUGGAUUUCUUUCAAGAAAUCUAUGUGAUAACGGAGCUGCUGCAAUCGGAUCUCCACAAGAUAAUCGUAUCGCCGCAGCACCUGUCCGCCGACCACAUCAAGGUGUUCCUCUACCAGAUCCUGCGCGGCCUCAAGUAUCUGCACUCGGCCCGCAUCCUGCAUCGCGACAUCAAGCCGGGCAAUCUGCUGGUCAACUCGAAUUGUGUGCUUAAGAUCUGUGAUUUUGGACUGGCCCGUGUCGAGGAACCCGAUCAGGCCAAGCACAUGACCCAGGAAGUGGUCACCCAAUACUAUCGGGCCCCCGAGAUUCUGAUGGGCGCUCGUCACUAUUCAUCGGCGGUGGAUGUCUGGUCGGUUGGUUGUAUUUUCGGUGAGCUCUUGGGUCGUCGCAUCUUGUUCCAGGCGCAGAAUCCGGUACAGCAACUGGAGCUAAUCACGGAGCUGCUGGGCACACCCACCAUGGAGGAUAUGCGGCAUGCUUGCGAGGGUGCACGCACCCAUAUGUUGCGCCGGGCGCCCAAGCCGCCAUCCUUCUCGGUGCUCUACACACUCAGUUCGCAUGCCACGCACGAGGCGGUGCACCUACUCUGUCAGAUGCUGGUCUUCGAUCCGGACAAGCGCAUUUCUGUGACAGAUGCCCUGGCGCAUCCGUAUCUGGACGAGGGCCGACUGCGGUACCAUUCGUGCAUGUGCAAAUGCUGCUUCACUACCUCGGCCGGAAUGCGCCAGUACACGGCUGACUUUGAGCCCUCCGCCGGCCAGCCCUUCGAUGAUCUAUGGGAACGCAAGCUGACAUCCGUGCAGCAGGUCAAGGAGGAGAUGCACAAGUUCAUAGCCGAGCAGCUGCAGACGGGUCGUGUGCCGCUGUGCAUUAAUCCACAGAGUGCGGCCUUCAAGAGCUUCGCCAGCCAAUGAGAAUGAGAAAAUCUACUACUACUACCACUACCACUACUACCACUACAACUUGCACUGCUGCUCCUGCCGCUGCUCCAAACCGCCGCCGCCUACUGUUGUGCUGCCCUCAAACAACCGAUCCAGAUCCAGAUCGAGAACGUUAAAAAAAAAACUAGGCGCGCGAUCCUCCUCUCACUAGAACGAAUCGAUAUAGAAACGCAGAACGUCACAAGAUACUAUCUAUCUAUCUAACUGAAGAUUGAAGAAUGAAAAAUGAUUAUGAAAAUGAUAAUGAUAAUGAUAAUGAUAAUAAGAAUGAAAAUGAUAAUGAAUAUAUGAAAGCACAGCCAAGAUAAAGAUACAAGAUACAGAUACAGAUACAAAAAGAAAAUGAGGCCUCGGGGCGGCAACUGUCUCUCUACUCCUUCUUAGUUCGACUGUGGCACAUCCUUCGGAGCUGCCGCCCUCGCCUCAUCAAUGGGAAUGACGGCAAAAUGAGGCGAUUGCUGCCUAAAAUCGAAACAAAAGCAACUCAGCCAAACGAUAGACCCUCGCCAUUGAAGGGGUGUAGCAGGAGAAGGAGAAGGAGAGGAGUCUCGAUUCCCAGUCCAAAAAAAGUCCCUACCAACCCAACCCAGAGAUAAACUCAGCCAGGAACAACGAUUGAAUAAUUUUUAAGCGCCAGUUUGAAAGUUAAAGCAUUCCACCACCGAAAUUAACUAAAUGAAAAAACCAACAAAUAUUUAAUAAUACUAUAUAGACAAACAAAUAUGUAACGUAACUCAACUGAAACUAGUCUAAACAACAAACAACAAAACAACAAAACAACAAACAAAACUGUAGUUAAAGCAGCAGCAGCAGCGACACAAAACCAGCAAGUUUUAAGUGAAGGAAAAAUCUUACAAAAAUUAAUAAGAGAGAGAGAAUGAAAAGCAAAGAGAGAGAGAGAGAGAUCAGCAGAAGCAGCAGCAGCUAAUAUUCUACGCAAAGGCGUACAUUUUUUGGCAACAAGGCAGAAAUUUUGUUGUGCUUGACAAGAAUUGGAAGAAUUAAUCGAAAAAUUCAAAUUUAAAUGAUAAACAAAAACAAAAAAACACAAAAAUCGUUUUAUGUUUAAGCUCCUAAGAAAUCUAUGUAUAUGUAUAUUAAUUAGCAACUACACACACACACACACACAGACAGACAUCGUAUUCAUAAAAUACAAAAGUAUGCUUAAUCGAUAUCGAUAAUAUAUCGAUAUAUAUAUAUAUUUAAAAUAAAAUAGUAACGAAAUGCACACAAAUCCAAAAUUUGUUUGCCAAAAUUUACCUCAAGCGAUAUAAAAACCUUUUCAUCCGCCAAAAAAGGAUCGAUUCAUUUUCUGUUAGCUUACAAAAAAAAAAAAUAUAAAUUAAAAAAUUGAUUAUGUGUAACUACAGCUAAAUGUAUACUAAAACGCUAAACAAAAAAACAAAUUCAUUUGAAAUUAUGCAACUAUUUUCAUUUACACAAAAACGUUUGAAGCUUCAAUUUUGAAACUGGUUUCUAGAUAUAUACAUAUAUACUCUAAAUGUAUCUGACCAUACGCCCAUAGGCGGUCAAACCUAACUCAAUAUUAGGAAAAACAAUGAAAACGAUAAAUAUUUGAUGAAAUUAGUUCAAAGUUUCAACUGUCGACUGAACAAAAAAUUAAAAUAUAAAUUAAUAUAUAUAUAUUAUAUAUAUAAAUAUGAUAAAUUAAAAGAUUUCAAAUUAAUUUAGUUAUGACAAUUUUUCGCUUUGAUCAUAGUUUGUUAAGCUUUUUAAAACAUAUAUUUUCAUAAAUGUAAACUAACGAAUAAACAACAAAUGGAAAAACCAACAAGUGGACGACGCACUGCCCCCAGUGAAUGUGAUUCGAGAGGAUAAGGAUGUCCAGGAGGAUGGAGAAUGGGUUACCACAGGACACGCCACUCGAAUCAAUUCGAUUUUAGUUGAUAUAUAUUUACUUUGCUUUUAGUUGAUUACCAUGUAAUAUAGUUUAAUUUUCGACUAACUAACUACUACACCUCUGUCUCUCUCGCAAUGCUCAUCGCUGUAUAGGCUAUAGCUAGGGUGCAGGACAGGAUCGGUUAUAGAGGAUCAAAUUGCUUAGGCCUCGUCGGCUGCCCAGAACAUUAAAAUAUGUUUAAGACUGAGUUUUCUCUCAUUUCGACGAUGAUGUUGACGAUUGAUUGAUUGAUUAAUUAAUUGUUUGGAUUGAUGAUGAGGAUAUGCAAUAUAAACAAAUUUUCACAAACUUCAUUUGAACUUGAAAGGUCAAAAUUAUGUCUGUAGCUUAAGCUAAGCACUUAAACGAAAUUAAAACAAAUGUAUACCGUAUAUGUGUAUUUUGAAUGUCUUUUGUCUUCAAUGUUUAGAGCAAAAAAUAAAAAACAAAAACAAAUGCAUAAAUAUUUAAUCGAAAAAAGAAAAACUGAAAAACGCGACGAUGAAAUGUAGAAGAAGCUCUCGAAGAAAUUUUAACUGAAAACUGAAGCUAAACUAAACUUUUUCUCUUCUUCAAUUCUCUUAACUGUGCUGCUUUCUUAUGUAUGUAGUUAUUAAUUAUAGCAUUAUAUAUAUUAACCAAAAUAUAUAUACAUGUAUGGAUUAGCAUAAAAAAAAAACAAACAAACAAACAAACGAAAACAAAAACAAAAACAAAUAUGAAUUCAAAACUUUCACGGAGAUCUCAUAGCAAAAACAAAACGAAAUGAAAGAAAAGAAAAGCAAAAAGGAAAUCAGUGUGCAAAAAAAGUAGAAUUUCUUUUCAACUUUUGUUUAUAACUAAAGUUUUUUCUUAACCGUAAUCGUAUAUAGAGUACCGUUUAGAGAUUACACAUUGUUUUUUAGCCCUCAUUUUGACCAGACAAACAAACACACACUCGCUCGAAUGCAAUUCAAAUUGAAAAUCUACAUCGACAUCAAAAAAAUGAAAACAUCAUUUACAUCUCUAAGCACAUACUCCCCCAUAGAGUUAUAUAUAUAAAUUAUAGCUAGCUACGCAUAUGGAUAGUUAGUUUUCGUUCGGCUUAGGCACCGUGUACAUAACAUUAUCUCCACACCCCCACCAAUAAUUAGACCACAUCUCUCUCUCUAUAUAUAUGUAUCUAGAUCAGUAAGACGACGGUUAGCUAUGAGGUAAUACAACUAAGUAAUGGACAUGUACAUUAUACUACACUCACACACACAUACACAUAGCACAACCCUUACUCGAUUGGAGCAGGUCUGAACUAAAAUAUAAAUUAAUUCACACACACUCGAUAUAUGAUGAUUGAUAUGAUAUAUAUAUAUAUGUAGGAUAUAUAUGAUUUUGGGUAGAGAGCGACUUGUGUGUCGUCUUCGAUCGACCUUUCGAAAUGAGUUCAUAAGUUAAGAUCAACUGUAACUGUAAACUGCAUUAGUAUUUGACUUGUAAACCGAUUAUGGAUCAUUCUUAACUAUAUAUAUUAGAUACGUAUUACGCAUUAAUUUACGUUAACUGAUAAUAAAACAAAAAAAAAAAUGUGUAAACUGUUUGUAUAAAAAAAAAAAAUAAGAACAAAACGAAAAAAAGAAGAAAACGAAUCAAUUUUGUUUCAUUUUGUCGCAUUACUUGAAGUGUGGAUCCAACCCAACCCAAUGCAUUUGCUAAUUAGAAUUUAUAGCUAUGUAACACACAGUGAAACCCCGACAACUAGCACCUACUAUAUGUAUGUAUAUGUAUGGACAAUAUUUGAGAUUAAUACACACACACAGACACCCAAAUACUUAAAGUUUGUAUUAGAAUACAGGUAAAUACAAAAAAAGACAGCAAAUGGAUAUAUUUAACCCUUUGAAUAAUCCAAAAACCACAUAUAUAUGGUAUUAACCCAUAAGGAUUGAUGAGAGUUUCGAGAGGAGUCUUUUGAAACAAGAAUUGGUCAAGAUUGGUAGAUUUAAAAUCAUAAAAAUGAUUGCGCUCAGGUUAUAAAAUGUAAAAAUUAAAACAAAAACACUCCUAUAUUUACGAGAUAAUCUCUAAUUCGCCUAACAUAAAGAUAACCAUAUAAAUGUACGUUUAACAAGUUUAACAAAAGGCUGUUUGUAGAAAUUGUGACACAGUUUUUUUAACCCAAAACCGAACUACUAACCGAUGUUUAACCAACUCGAUGUGUAAAUGCAAAAAAAAACGAUAAAAAUUAAAAACAAUCUUCAACUUCACCGUAAAUGUAGUUGUAGUUGCUUACACCCAAAGAACCUGGCUGCUUUGUGCACUCCGAGAAAAAAUUGUGUAAAUAUGAAAUGAAAUGAAAAUGAUAAAUAUAGUAAUUGUCGUACAUAAAUUUAGAGAAAACUUUGUGAUUGCUUCUCAUUGAUGAUAAUGACAACAUAACUGUUUCGUAGGGCAACCUAAAGGCAAAUAUUUUUUCUUAUAACAACAGCAUGUAAAAAACACUCGAAAACGCUAACCGACAAAAAGCUAAAAUGUAGGACACACCAAAAACGUAGUUAACAAACACGAUAUAUAUAUAUAUUACACCUAUAACCAGUGAAAAUCGAUGGCAGAUGCUUAACCAAAAUAUAUAUGAUAUACGAGUAUAUAUAUAUAUAUAUAUGUGUAUGGAAAAUUUGCUAAAUGUUGUAAAAAGUAUAUUACGCGAUUAUAUUUGUAGCACUCGAAAAUGGAAACUCUCCACUCAUGUAGAAAUCCUCAUCCAGUAAAAAGCACGCAACAAAGUUCCCUAAUACUU